AUGCCGAGAAAACCUUGUUAUCCAUAUUGGCUUGAAGAAAAGCCGCAAAAUGAAUUGGAAAGUCUAGAAAAAAGAUUUACUUUAGAUUGUGUUUCUGUCAGCUCUUUAUCAAGUGGGACAAGUAAAAUCUAUCCCAAACCAUUCUCUGUAAUACCACCAUAUAACGCACAAAAGGACAAACAUGCCAAAACCUACUUCCGAUCCAAAGGGACUCAAAAGAUUAUUAGAAAUAGCGAUCAAAUAAAUGGUGGCUGUUCAAUCAACGGCAAAAUUGCAGAUCGGUUGAACGAAACAAGCUUACCAGCUAUAUAUAUCAAAACUCGUAACAAAGCUGGAUGCGGUUAUUCAAGAGAAACAGUAAGUGGUCAUGCAAGAUUCAUGAGUAAUGUCCCUCCAAUUGUUGGUUGGAACGGCGAAUUCGGAUUUCGUAGAAAUACUCCAGAUCUCCUGAAGCAUCCAUCAGUUUUUGAUCACGUAACUCGCCCCGGCACAACACCAUUCUAA